AUGACCAAUGCAAGAGUGCAGCAGAUCCAUAACCUGUCCAAUAGCAAUGACCAUGUGAAUGUCACCAAAAUACCAAAAACAAGUAUUGCAGAUGAGACAGCCUCUUCAAACAAUGAUAUUGGUAAGAGCUCACUGAUCACCCAGACCCACUCACCUGUGGAACAGAACAAAGAGACCUGGAUGAUGGAGAAGGAGGAGACAGUAGCUAAGGAUCCAGAUAUUAAAGAUCCACAAGCUGGCUAUUCAUUGUUCUUCAAAGAGAAAAUCAAAGAAGAGAAACAGAAUGACAUGUCCCAGGGUCUGUUGACAUUCAGGGAUGUGGCUGUGAACUUCUCUCAGGAGGAGUGGGAAUACCUGGACUCUGCUCAGAGGGCUUUGUACAUUGAUGUGAUGUUGGAGAAUUACAGCAACCUGGUCUCUGUUGAGAACUACUGCAUAUGUGAAACUGUCCGUCAAACCGUGAAGACUGAAAAGGACUCUUGUCAGGGUAAUGAGCUUGGCGAAAUGCUUCGUGGUCCCUCCAACUGUGUACUUUAUAAAAGAAGUGACACUAUAGGAACCUCUAGUAACUACAGAUGCUGUAAGGACAGGGGUGCCUCUGUUGACUCAUCAAACCCAGAUCAACAUACAAGCACGCACACUGGAGAAGAACCUUGCAAAUCUAAAAACUGUGAGAAAUCUUUCAGUUUGUGUUCCAACAUUAGGGAAGAUCAAACAUUCUACACUGCAAAGAAAGAGCACAAGCAGGAUGAAUUUGAUGACCGUUUCAGUUCUACAUACAGUCUCAUGCAACAGACAGUUAACAUGGCAGAGAAACCAUAUCAGUGUGGACACUGCAGGAAAUACUUCAGUACUGCCUCAAGCUUCAGCAUACAUAAGAGAAUUCAUACUGGAGAGAAACCUUACAAGUGCAAUGUUUGUGAAAAAUCCUUUAACAAGUGCACAAAUCUUAAAACACAUCAAAGACUUCAUACUGGAGAGAAACCUUACAAAUGUAAAGAAUGUGGAAAGUCAUUUGCGCAGAUAUCUGCACUUAAAAGUCAUCAGAGAAGGCACACUGGAGAGAAGCCUUACAAGUGUAAGGAGUGUGACAGAUCCUUUGCCUACUGUGCAUCAUUAAGAUGGCAUCAGAAUAUUCAUUCUCCUGAGGCACAUUAUGAAUGCAAAGAAUGUGGCAAGUCCUUUUUUGAAUUAUCACGUCUUAAAAGGCAUCACAGAACCCACACUGGUGAAAAGCCUUACAAAUGUGAGGUAUGUGAGAAAUCUUUUACUAUAAAUUCAACUCUUAAAACUCAUCAGAAAAUUCAUACUGGAGAGAAACUUUACAAAUGUAGUGAAUGUGAUAAAUCUUUUACCAAGUGCUCACAUCUUCAAAGACAUCAGAGUGUUCAUAACCGAGAGAGACCUUACAAAUGUAAGGAGUGUGGGAAAUCUUUUACUAAGUGCUUAACUCUUCAAACACAUCAGAAAGUUCAUAAUGUAGAGAAACCUUAUACAUGUAUGGAAUGUAACAAAUCCUUUACCCAGGUCUCACAUCUUAGAACACAUCAGCGUGUUCAUACUGGAGAGAGACCUAAUAGAUGUAAGGAAUGUGAUAAAUCUUUUUGUGACAGCUCAACACUAAGAGUACAUCAGAAAAUACAUACUGGAGAGAGACCUUACAAAUGUUUGGAAUGUGACAAAUCAUUUACUUGGCACCCACAUCUAAGAAGACAUCAGAGAGUUCAUACUGGAGAGAAAUCACACAAGUGCAAAGAGUGUGAUAAGUGCUUUCUCUGGAUUUCUAGUCUUAGAAUACAUCAGAAAAUUCAUGCUGGAGAGAGACCUUAUCAAUGUAAGGAAUGUGGCAAAUCUUUUAUCUGGUACUCAAAUCUUAGAGUACAUCAGAAAAUUCAUACUGCAGAGAAACCUUACAAAUGUAUGAAACGUGACAAAUCCUUUACCCAGUAUGUGCAUCUUAGAACACAUCAGAGAGUUCAUACUGGAGAAAGACCUUACAGAUGUACGAAAUGUGACAAAUCUUUUACUAGAGCCUCAACUCUCAGAGCACAUCAGAAAAUUCAUACUAGAGAGAAACUUUACAACAGCAAAGACUGUGAUAUAUCUUUUCCUCAGGCCCCACAUAUGAGAACAUAUCAGAGAGUUCAUACUGCAGAGAGACCUUACAGAUGUAAAGAAUGUGGCAAAUCCUUUACUCAGUACUCAACUCUAAGAGAUCAUCAGAAAACUCAUACUGGAGAGAAACCUUAUAAAUGCAAAGACUGUGACAUAUCCUUUAGGUGGGUUUCAAAUCUUAGAAGACAUCAGAAAAUUCAUACUGGAGAGAAACCUCACCAAUGCCAGGAAUGUAAGAAAUCGUUUAUUAGGUGCUCCUAUCUUAGAGACCAUCAGAAAAUUCACACUGGAGAGAAACCUCACAAAUGCAAAGACUGUGACAUAUCCUUUAUGUGGAUUUCAAGUCUUAGAAGACAUCAGAAAAUUCAUACUGGAGAAAAACAUACCACUGUAAAUAAUGUAACAUAACGCUUGUCUGGUAUUCCCUGCUUAAAUCACAACAGGAGAAGUAAUAGAAAUAUAAAGAUAACACACUUGUAAAAGCUUUUAGUGAAGACUCAAAUCUCACAAAAUGUAUUAGAGUUUAUAUUAAAAUAAAAUUCU